CUAACAUCCCCGACCAUGAGCUCAGCAAGCUACUGCCCUCCUGCUAAAAAAGAGGUCUGCUGGAAGGAGAAAGAAGGUAUUUGGCUGAACGUUGUCGUGAAAGAGGAGAAUGAAGAGGAGGAUGUCACAGUAAACGAAGAAGUAGAGGGUGAGGCUGUUACACAGAAAGAAGAGGAAGAAAACGAUUAUACUUUUUUUGGAGUGAAUGAAGGAGAGAUAACUGUCAUAUUGAAGGAGGAGGAGAGGGGAGAAGAGGAGGAGACAGAAGAUCUGAGUAACACCAGAGAGAGACCAGACUCUCCUUCUGACAGCAGGAAGAGUCCUUCAGGGAAACCAGACCCCGAGACGUCCAAACCAGCAGGACGACAUCACUGCUCCCAGUGUGGAAAGAGUUUUACUCAGUUAGGGAGCCUGAGAACACAUAAGAGAAUACACACGGGAGAGAAGCCUUACCACUGUUCCCAAUGUGGAAUGACGUUUACCCAGUUAGGGAGCCUGAGAACACACAAGAGAAUACACACUGGAGAGAAGCCUUACCACUGUUCCCAAUGUGGAAUGACGUUUACCCAGUUAGGGAGCCUGCAAACGCAUGAGAGGGGACACACGGGGGAAAAGCUUUUCCAAUGUUCCCAUUGUGGAAAGAGUUUUGGCCAGGUAGGAAACCUGAACAAGCAUGAGAGGACACACACAGGUAAGAAGAUGUACCGCUGCUCCCAGUGUGGAGAGAGAUUUACCCGGUUAAGGUACCUGAAAGAGCAUGAAGGAAUACAUACAAAUACACAGGAGGAGAAGACAUACCACUGCUCUCAUUGUGGAAAGACAUUUUCCCAGUCAGAGAACCUGAAAACACAUGAGAGAAUCGAGAGGCUGUGUUCUGACUUGUGUUUCUGACUGAGAAUGUGUGUGUUUGUUUGGGCUGUCAGACUUGAGUUCACUUUGUGUAAUGUUAGUGCACUAUUUUUAAUUGUGAUUAAUCCAUUGUCUGAAAGGGUUAAAAACACACUGAAAACAUCCAGAAUA